UAUAUCGAAAGCAUUGAUUGGUCGAUUCUCUCUGGCUUUACUUGUCGGACUGGAGGUGCAAAAGUGCUAUAAAAGACGAAAAGUGGCUUUAUUAAUGGAGAACAAUAUUUAAUUCGGAACUUAAUGCAUCUGUGAGACAAUAAUAACUAAAAAUUAUCAGAGAUGUCGAAAUCAUAUAUAUCUGUGACCAUCUUGUUGAUAUCAAUGGUCGUCGCAAUUGCAACAGCGGCAAGUUUUCUUUCACAACCACAGGACGGCAGAGACAAAAGACAGAUCGGCGAUCUCCGAGCAGCCGAAUACUUAGCAAGAAUAACUCUUGAUAAAAACAAAAUGUUGCGCUAUCUACUACAAUCGCCAUUGCAUUGCACAGAACUGGCUUGCGGUUUGGUCGAUGUGUUCGAAAGAAGCAUGGAGAAGCGCACGAUGUCAGACCAGAGAUUAGCGGAACUGCAGGCCCUUAUUGCACUUAGCAAAGGUCAUGGUAUCCCCAUUGCACACGGCCAGAUUGAUCCCUGGAGGAUCGGAAAGCGACGCAAGCGGUCUCUGGACAUGGUAUUUAAUGGUCUAUCAGACAAUCAAAAGUACAGACUGUUCGACAUCUUAAUGGGUCGGUCUGACGAGCAGUUUCAGUUAUAAUAACUGAACGGGAGAUGUAGCGAAAAAGUUCCGUCCUAGAAAAGGAGUCAAUCUUAAAUCACUUCGAACACACAUUCCUUCGAAGUACAAAAGACUUUCGACUGGAUAAAGGUCAACAACAAUAGAUACAGACAGCGUUAAAUAACGUUUCAGAUAAAAUAAUCUCGUACAAUUUUAGAUACAUAUCAUUAUCAUACUUUAAAAAUCAAAGUAAAUGGGGCAACUGUUAAAUAAAAAACUUAAGUAUUCGUUUUAACUAACGCAGUGUACAUUUUCAUCAUGCUUAAAUAACUGUCCCAAUAAUAUAAUUAUAAUAAAUAAAUAAAACAUCA